AGGUAAAAGCCCCGCCCCUCCGUCCACCUGCGGUUCCUGGCUCUUUCCGGCGGUUCGGGUUCUGUUUCUGGGUCUCUGUCUCGGUUCGGGCUGUUUAUGGGUCUGCGGCGGACUGAACCGUGAACCUGCAUAAACCGGCCGCGGGUCGUUACCGGAGGAAGCACCUGCCGGCUCCGGGAAACGCCGAACAAACUGAUCGAAACUCGGGCAGACACCUGCGGCGGACAUGCGCAGUGUGAGCGGCCCGCUGGUUUAGCAGCGAACCGGGUCGUUACGGAUCUUUGAACGGAGAGUCUGAGACUACGGGACGAUGUCUGUGAACGAGCUGUACACCAAGUUCACCCGGGUCUGGAUCCCUGACCCAGAUGAGGUGUGGAGAGCAGCAGAGAUCAGCAGAGACUACAAGGAGGGAGAAGCGGUUCUACAUCUGCAGCUGGAAGAUGAAACGUCUCUGGAGUACCCGGUCGGUCCGAAGGCCAAACCUCUCCCGUUCCUUCGGAACCCGGACAUCCUGGUUGGAGAGAACGACCUGACGGCCCUCAGCUACCUUCAUGAACCUGCCGUUCUUCACAACCUGCGGGUUCGGUUCCUGGAGUCCAACCACAUCUACACCUACUGCGGAAUCGUUCUGGUCGCCAUCAAUCCAUACGAGCAGCUGCAGAUCUACGGUGAGGAGGUGAUCAACGCCUACAGCGGCCAGAACAUGGGAGACAUGGACCCUCACAUCUUUGCCGUGGCCGAGGAGGCCUACAAGCAGAUGGCCAGAGAUGAGAGGAAUCAGUCCAUCAUCGUUAGUGGAGAGUCCGGAGCAGGAAAGACGGUUUCUGCUAAAUACGCCAUGAGGUUCUUCGCCACGGUUGGCGGAUCAGCCAAUGACACCAACGUGGAGGAGAAAGUUCUGGCCUCCAGUCCCAUCAUGGAGGCCAUCGGAAACGCUAAAACCACUCGGAACGACAACAGCAGCCGCUUUGGGAAGUACAUCCAGAUCGGCUUCAGCCGCCACUACCACAUCAUUGGAGCCAACAUGAGGACCUACUUGCUGGAGAAGUCUCGCGUCGUCUUCCAGGCUGAAGACGAGAGGAACUACCACAUCUUCUACCAGCUGUGUGCUUCAGCCUCUUUACCAGAGUUCAAGGACCUCAGCCUCACCAGCGCUCAAGACUUCACCUACACGUCUUUAGGAGAGAACAUCUUCAUCGAGGGCGUGAACGACGCUGAGGACUUCAAGAAGACCAGAGAAGCUUUUAACCUGCUCGGUAUAAGUGACAGCAGUCAGAUCAGUAUCUUUAAGGUCAUGGCCUCCAUCCUCCACCUGGGGAACAUUGAGAUCUUCUCUGAGAGGGACGGGGAGUCCUGCCACAUCUCGAAGAACGACCCUCACCUGCAGAGCUUCUGCCGGCUGCUGGGGGUGGAGCUCCAGCAGAUGGAGCACUGGCUCUGCCACCGGAAGCUGUCCACCACCUCCGAGACCUAUGUGAAGAACAUGUCCGCCCGGCAGGCCACCAACGCCCGCGACGCGCUCGCCAAGCACAUCUACGCCCGCAUGUUCGACUGGAUCGUAGAGCACAUCAACGUGGCGCUGCAGACGUCCUCCAAGCAGCACUCCUUCAUCGGAGUCCUGGACAUCUACGGGUUUGAGACGUUCGAGGUGAACAGCUUCGAGCAGUUCUGCAUCAACUAUGCCAACGAGAAGCUCCAGCAGCAGUUCAACUCGCAUGUGUUUAAGCUGGAGCAGGAGGAGUACAUGAAGGAGCAGAUCCCCUGGACUCUGAUCGACUUCUACGAUAACCAGCCCUGUAUCGACCUGAUCGAGGCUCGACUCGGCAUCCUGGACCUGCUGGAUGAAGAGUGUAAAGUUCCAAAGGGGACAGACCAGAACUGGGCCCAGAAGCUCUACAAGCAGCACUCCAGCAGCGCCCACUUCCAGAAACCUCGAAUGUCCAACACAUCCUUCAUCAUCAUCCACUUUGCUGACAAGGUGGAGUAUCAGUGCGACGGCUUCCUGGAAAAGAACCGAGACACCGUCUAUGAGGAGCAGAUCAACAUCCUGAAGGCCAGCCAGUUCCAGCUCGUAGCGGACCUGUUCCACGAGAAAGACGACGUGCCGACGUCCAAGUCGUCCAGAGUGAGUGUCCGAUCGGCCAAGUCAGUUCCCAAAGUUCCCAACAAGGAGCACAGGAAGACGGUGGGACACCAGUUCCGCAGCUCUCUUCAUCUCCUCAUGGAGACUCUGAACGCAACGACGCCUCACUACGUCCGCUGCAUCAAACCCAAUGACGACAAGGAGGCCUUCUCGUUCGACUCCCGCAGAGCCGUGCAGCAGCUGAGGGCCUGCGGAGUCCUGGAGACCAUCCGGAUCAGCGCUGCCGGCUAUCCGUCCAGAUGGACCUAUCCAGACUUCUUCAACAGGUACCGGGUUCUGAUGAAGAAGUCCGACAUGAUGUCAGCAGAUAAGAAGCAGGUGUGCAAGAGCCUGCUGGAGACUCUGAUCAAGGAACCUGACAUGUUCCAGUUCGGUAAGACGAAGAUCUUCUUCCGGGCUGGGCAGGUGGCGUACCUGGAGAAGCUGCGGGCCGAUAAGUUCCGCUCGGCCUGCAUCAAGAUCCAGAAGACGGUCCGCGGCUGGCUGCAGAGGGUCCGCUACCAAAAGAUCUGCAGGGCCACCAUCGGCCUGCAGAGAUACGGCCGAGGGUACCUGGCCCGCAGGUACGCCGAGUUCCUGCGUCGGACUCGAGCCGCCGUCAUCUGUCAGAAACAGUUCAGGAUGGUCAGAGAACGACGGGAAUAUCUGAGAGUCAGGAGAGCUGUGGUCACCAUCCAGGCCUUCAGCAGGGGCAUGUUCACCAGGAGGGUCUACUGGGAGUUCCUGCUGCACCACAAGGCCAUGAUCAUCCAGAAGAACGUCCGCGGGUGGCUGCAGAGGAGGAAGUUCAGGAGAGCGCGGGACGCCGCCAUCACCAUCCAGUGUGCCUUCAGACGGAUGAGAGCCAAGAGACAACUGAAGCAGCUGAAGAUCGAAGCUCGGUCUGCAGAACACCUGAAGAAGCUCAACACGGGGAUGGAGAACAAGAUCGUCCAGCUGCAGAGGAAGAUGGACGACCAGUCCAAAGAGCUUAGGGCUCAGAACGAGCAGCUGCAGACGGUGAACGUGUCUCUGGGCUCUGAGGUGACGAAGCUGCAGAAGGAGCUGCAGGUGAUGCGCAGCCAGCAGGAGGACGGCGGCCGGUUGCAUUCGCUGCAGGACGAGCUGCAGAGGCUGCAGGAGGAGCUGCAGGAGGCGCAUGGACAGAGGAGGACGCUGGAGGAGGAGCAUGGGGCUGAGAAGCUGAGUCUCCAACAGCGGGUGGAGGAGCUGGAGAAGGAGAACUCUCUGCUGAAGAGCGAGAAGGAGGAGAUGAACCGACGGUUUGUUCAGCAGUCGAAGAGCAGCAAAGAGGAGCCCAGCAGCGAGUCUCUGCAGCAGGAGCUGGAUGGAGAACGUCAGCGGUACCAGAACCUCCUCAAAGAGUUCGGCAGACUGGAGCAGAGAUACGACAACCUGAAGGAGGAGGUUUCUCUGUCCAAGUUCCACCCGGGACACCGCAGGAACCCGUCCAACCAGAGCAGCCUGGAGUCCGACUCCAACUACCCGUCCGUGUCCACCUCUGAAGUGGGCGACACCGAGGACUCCAUCCAGCUGGUGGAGGACAUGGGAGUGGAGAAGGCAGCCAUGGACAUCAGCCUGUUCAUGAAGCUUCAGAAGAGAGUCCGAGAGCUGGAGCAGGAGAGGAAGAGACUGCAGAACGCUGUGGACAAGAUGGAGGAACUUGCCAAGCACAAGGGCCCAGAGCCGAAGAGUCCGACGUCUGACCAGCAGGCUGCAGAUCUGAUAUACAGCAACCUGAAGAGACAAGAGCUGGAAACGGAGAACAAAAAACUAAAGAAUGACCUGAAUGAGCUGAGGAAGACGUUGGCUGACAGCUCAACCAAUGAGCUGCAGGAUGGCCACACCCUGCUGCUGAGUCAGCUGAAAGCAGCCAAUGAGGAGCUGGACGCUCGCAAAGAGGAAGUGCUGAUGCUGAAGACGCAGUUAGUGAGCGCCGCCGAGCAGCAGGAGCGAGCCGAGCGCACGGAAACUGAUAGCGCUGCUGCAGGAAGUCUGAGCUCAGAGCAGCUGGACCAAGACGAAGCCAUCAGAGAGGCCAAGAGGCUGCUGGAGGCUCAGCUGCAGACUCAGUCCAGGCAGCACAAAGACGAGCUGGAGGCUCUUCAUACUCAGAUCGAGCUGCUGAAGGACGACAUCGAGAAGAAGCAGGAGAUCCUCAACUACACCAUGUCUCUGUCUCCGGAGGCUCAGGUGGAGUUCAGUGUCCAGCAGGAGAUCACACGGCUCACAAACGACAACCUGGACCUCAAGGAGCUGGUGGAGAAACUGGAGAAGAAUGAGAGGAAACUGAAGAAGCAGCUCAGGAUCUACAUGAAGAAAGUCCAGGAGCUGGAAGCAGCUCAGGCUGCAGCUCAGAACAGUAGGUCCAGACCUGAGCUGAGCCGCCAGGUGACAGUUCAGAGGAAGGAGAAGGACUUUGAGGGGAUGUUGGAGUACAACCAGGAGGACGAAGCUCUGCUGCUGAAGACGCUGAUCACAGACAUCAGGCCCAGCUCGGUGGCGGCUACCGUUCCCUGUCUUCCCGCCUACAUCCUCUUCAUGUGCAUCCGUCACGCCGACUACAUCAAUGACGACCGCAAGGUGGAGUCUCUGCUCACCUCCACCAUCAAUGCCAUCAAGAAGGUCCUCAAGAAGAACAACGAUGACUUUGAGAUGACUUCCUUCUGGUUGGCCAACACCAGUCGGCUGCUCCACUGUCUGAAGCAGUACAGUGGGGAUGAGGCCUUCAUGACUCAGAACAGCAGCAAACAGAACGAACACUGCCUGAAGAACUUCGACCUGGCCGAGUACCGGGUGGUUCUGAGCGACCUGUCGAUCCAGAUCUACCAACAGCUGAUCCGGGUGGCCGAGGGCAUCAUCCAGCCCAUGAUCGUGUCAGCAAUGUUGGAGAGCGAGAGCAUCCCCAGCCUGGCGGGCGUGAAGCCGAUGGGCUACCGGAACCGUUCGUCCAGCAUGGACACGGACGCCGACGGGCCCAGCAGCUACACGCUGCAGGCGCUGAUCCGGCAGCUGGGCCAGUUUCACGGCACCAUGAGGGACCACGGCCUGGACCCGGAGAUCGGGGGCCAGGUGGUCCGCCAGCUGUUCCACUGCAUCAACGCUGUCACCCUCAACAACCUGCUGCUGCGCAAAGACGUCUGCUCCUGGAGCACCGGCAUGCAGCUCAGGUACAACACCAGCCAGAUGGAAGAGUGGCUCCGAGGGAACAACCUUUUCCAGAGUAAAGCUGCAGCCACUCUAGAACCCAUCAUCCAGGCCGCCCAGCUGCUGCAGGUCAAGAAGAAAACAUCUCAGGAUGCCGAGGCCAUCUGCUGUCUGUGCACCGCCCUGACCACGCAGCAGAUCGUGAAGAUCCUGAACCUGUACACGCCUCUCAACGAGUUCGAGGAACGAGUCACCGUGUCCUUCAUCAGGAACAUCCAGAACCAGCUCCAGGAGAGGAAUGAUCCCCCUCAGCUGCUGGUGGACACCAAGCAGACGUUCCCGGUGCUGUUCCCCUACACGCCAUCCGCCCUCAGCCUGGAGACACUGCACAUCCCCGCCCAGCUCAACCUCCACUUCCUGGUCCGGGUCUGAGUCUUCAGGGUCCGAGUCUUCAGGGUCCGAGUCUCCAGGGUCCGAGUCUCCAGGGUCCGAGUCUCCAGGGUCCGAGUCUCCAGGGUCUGAGUCUUCAGGGUCUUCUGCACUUCCUGUCUAACAUCUUGGCUCGUGGUGGAGCUCAGACAGGAACUGAAGGACUCCUCUAACGGUGAAGAGGAGGAGAUAGAAGGAGGGUCACAGACGUGUGUCGAAGCGUUGGAGAUUAAAGCUGAGACUUCCUGCAUUCAUCAAACCAUCCAUUCAUUAGAGUAAAGAUCAGAGCUGCAACCAAUAAUCAACGUUUAAUCAACCAUUCAGAUCAACUCCAGGGAACAUUUGUGGUUUCCAUCGAAGAUCUCUGAGGAAACAAAGGUCUUCAUUUAGUGUGACAGAGGAAAGGAACAAGAACAUAUUCACACCAACCGCUAAUUACAUAGUGAAUAUGUUCUGGUUCCUUUCCUCUGUCACGUUAAAUGAAGAUCUUUGAGGAACCGGCGAGAACCUUCUAGUCUGGUUGGGUCAGGGGUUAUCCAGAUGUUUAGCUUCUAGUGAUUCCAUCCUUCUAGUGGUUCCAUCAGUGGCCAGCAUGAAGAUCUUGAGGUUCUAACAGCAAGUAGCUCAGCUUUAGCAUCAGGAGGUCAUCUGGUUCCCUCAGUGGAACGUUUAUGUUGAGUUUGCAGCAAAUGAAGCAGCUUGGAAACAUUCUAAACGUUCUAAACUCUGUUUGGUUUGUUAUGAAGCAGGAGGUGUUUGGGGCCACCAGAUGACUGACAGGCUACCGAGGGGGCGUGUCCUCCAGAUCUCAGUCAGAUCGACCAAUCGCUCGUCCCGUCAGGUUUUAGCGUCUUCAAUACACCGCCUGCUCGACUGAGCAUGCUCCAACAUCCUGGGCUUAGCUCCACCCCCAGACAGCUGUGAUUGGUUUAACUGAAGCAAAAUGACUGUAGAACCUUCUGCUGCUCCUGGUUCUGCUCAGGGAGGAGCAGCAGAACGUUCUCCAAAGGUUCGUCACACGUCUGUAAACCUGGUUCCUGAAGCUGUCUUGAAGAAUUAUUAUUAAUAAAAGUUCUGACCCUCGUUAAAGAGACGUUCCUCAUCGGUUCCUCAUCUGUUCCUCAUCUGUUCCUGAUAUGUUCCUCAUCUGUUCCUGAUAUGUUCCUCAUCUGUUCUUGAUAUGUUCCUGAUAUAUUCCUCAUCUGUUCCUGAUAUGUUCCUCAUCUGUUCUUGAUAUGUUCCUGAUAUGUUCCUCAUCUGUUCCUGAUAUGUUCCUCAGCUGUCCCUGAUAUGUUCCUGAUAUGUUCCUGCUUUGUUCCUGAUAUGUUCCUGAUGUGUUCCUCAUCUGUUCCUGAUGGGUUCUUGAUAUGUUUCUGAUAUGUUCCCGAUCGGUUCCUGAUCUGUUCCUCAUAUGUUCCUGAUGGUCCAUUAUGGUCCUCUGGUUCUUUAUUCACUCUUUCAUCUAUAAAACCCUAAUACUGCAACAUG